AUGCCGCGCAACCUUUACCGCAUUCCCGUGAAGCAGCAGUCCAACAUGUCUGCAGCAUCGAAGGUUACUCCGGCUCCAGUUGACGACGCCCGCGAAAAGAACCAUGAAUUGGCGUCAUUGCCGUCUACCAGUGUGCUUCCAAUCAGAGCCAAACAUCGUGGACGCGGACGUCCGCGUACCUAUCCCAGCAAUACAUCCUCUGCGCACUCUCUCCACCCACACCUUGCGCUAGCGGAGCCCGGGAGUGGAGAUCACGAGGAGACACCGACAGCUACAGCGUCGCUGCCCGCUGUAUCCAAUCCCACUUCUACUGCAGCAGCUAUCGUCGACUCCGCAACAGCGAUGAACCAUCUCGAGGUCAUAGAGGGCGCAGAGACUUUCGGAGCAGCGGCGGCGGCUUCGGCUGAACUGCUCUUACAGAUGCCGCUUGCACCUCUCCCUGUCUCUUUUUCGUCUAGCCGCACCAUCAAAGCACAGUCCCUCGUUACGACUACCCCAGUCGACACUGUGCAAGGAAAGCAAGAAGCGGGCACCAUCUCUUCUCUUCCCCCUUCACACUCCACCACGCGGAGGGUAGCCACUGUGCCGGCAAGCAUGGCAGCAGAGAAGGUCGACUGUGCGACCUUAGGCGCACAGCCACUCUUGCCUUCCAUGGCAGCGUGUAUGGCGGCGUGUUUCGGGUGGCGACUCAAAAGGUGUUGUGUCGGCGAGGGGGCUCAGAUCAUGUUUGCCUUGCAGCACCGCACGGUGCCAGUGGUACACGUGACGAUCGAAAGCACUAGAGGCUCCUUCAUGCAGGAGUGCGGCGUUUCAGGUGAGACCGACGACAGUGCUAUUCGUGUCAACGGCACUCUCAUGAGUCUCACGCAAUGUGCGGCGUAUCUGCAGGAGCUGACCCACGCACUCUUCACUUUGUCGGGCAUCUCGCACUGUGGACCUCCAACGGAUCACGUGCCAGCGGAAGAGCAGAGGAAUAAUGAGGUGAUAGGGGAUGGAGGGCUGGUACCAUCGUCCACCGCGCCGACACCGCAUCUGUUUACGCCAAACGCGGAGGCCAAGUUCGCCGAGAGACGAGGCAAGAAGCGGACGCGCAGUCGCUCUUCCUUGCCGGGUGCGCACUCGACCGCAUCAGUACUUCGCACAGCUGAGCUUGUCUCCGGCGCCACCGUGUUGAGCCUCGCAGAGGCGUCUGCAACUGUGGAAAGGGGCGAUGCAGAGGCGAGAAAGGAGUCGCAGCCAUAUCUUCUGCCCUUGAAGUCUUCUAACGCGACCCUGUCGCCGGAACUGCUGACGACGCCGCUUCCUGCUUCGCUGACAGCUACCGACGUCAAGGUCAAAACUGAACCGUCACUCCUCGAGACUUCACCGAUAAUAAGCGAGUCGGAGAACGACGGGGGCACGCAGUCCUUGAGUGCUUUGGCCGCACUGGUUGCUGCCAUGGAAUGUGGUGAGCCGGCGACUUCGCUGCCACGGGCUCCUCCUGCCUUGCGCACCAACGCUGGUAAGUUCAGCGCACCGUCAAAACGGGAUUUGUCCUCGACAAACAAAGGCACCGCUUCAAGAGAGCCACGUGCCUCCUCUACUGUUUUUGCCUUCCCAACCAUGCGGCAGCGGCGCACUCUGGUGUCCCCCCACAUCGCUUGCGCCGCAGCGGGGUUGGCAUCCGCCAUAACCGGCGCGCAUCAUGUGCCCCCAGCCUCUCCAACUCCACCUCACGUAGCGCUCGGGACGGCAACCUUUACGAUGCCGUUUGCUUUCCACCACGCGUCUGCUGCGCCCCUCUCUGCAAGUGCCACACCGGAAGAGCUCGAUCUGGUCAGUUGCACUAACGACAGUAAAGAUGGCUACCGAAGCGUCUGGUGCGACUCGGCUGGUUGGUCGACGGACUCAUCGCGGCUCUGGUUGGCCCACACCCACGCCGUCAGCCGUGCGUUUGCGUGCAUGCCUGUCCCCUGUUACACCGUUCCAGCGACCAUGAAGGUCAGUGAGCCACUCGGCGGUGAGGGUGCUAACGAACAGAAGACCAGCACAGCUGCAUCUGCGUCCUCGCUGGUACCGCUGAUGGGCUCGGCAGCCGCUGCCGCCUUCGUACGGAUGACGCUUCGGUGGCGAUGGCGCGAGCGCUCGUCUAUGGGGACGGCAAUGGAGGACUCUCUGCGUAUGGCUGUCGGUUCUGGUCAUCUUCGCGGCGACGCCCUCGAGGCCGGUGUGCAGGCGCUUCAAGCGAGCGAGGCGGAGCAGCACCGGUACAACGGAGUGGACGUCGACGUUGGUGAGGAUGGCAGCGACCUUGGACCCUUGUGCCGGAGGACCGCAGCGGAUGUGGGUCAGGUAGGCCACGGAACGGUGCAGCAGCAGAUUCUGUCGUUUCCGGCCUGCCCGCCGCGUGCGUUACUGCCGGUGUCGGGCAGAGCCAUCGUCGAGGCGCAGCACCGCAUCGCAGAAGCUGAGGAGGAGAAAGGCGGAGAAGAGGCUGCACAGGGGCCGCGUUAUGUCGCGUGCGCUGGUGGCAUUCCCUCCGCCGACCGUAUAGUGAUUGACCACACCUACUCUACUCGCGGCUCGUACGUGAUGGCACCACCCGUGAUGGCAGAGGGGGCAACAGCAACGCCGUGCCGCCGUUUGAUGUUGCAACGGAAUCCACAGGAGGACCUGCACUACCACGUUUACAAGCGUGUCAUGCCUACCGACAUGCGUCUGGCGGUGGAGGCGGAGGAGACACUGACGAUUGGGUCAGGGGACAUUGCGCCACCACCCGUGGUCGAUGAUGAGUUGUCGCCCACCUACAACCUGCGCCGCCGCUUUGGCCGCGGCGCAGGUGACGACAACGAGGAUGACGAGGGGAGGGACGACAGAGGUGAUGACGCCGACGAGGGGAAAGCGUACGACUCAUCAAGUGCCUCCCGGGCAGCGCCGAGGGCCCCUGGUGCAACCGCCGUGGCAGACGCCAGGGGAGGCGUCUUAUCCACUGACAUUGACUACGUUCUACGGUACCGCCCAUCGAUUCGGCGCAUUCCAAUGCCGGAUGUCGAGUCCCGAUACGGACCGUGA